CUGAUUCAUUGAAUGGACAGUUAAAAAGCCUUAAAACCCAACCCAACUCAACCAACACAGGUAUAUAAAUACUCCCUAACACAAAAUAGUUCUCUGUAAUCUUUAAAAAAGGAAAAAAAAUGGUGUGCAGGAGUGUGUUGCGUUCCGUUUUGACAACAGAAGCAUGGAUGAUGAUGAUGAUGAUACCACCUCUCCAUCCAAACCGAGCCAUCAUCUAUUCUUUCUCACCAGCAAGAACCGUUGGAUUUUCAAGCAGUAAAACAACAAGCAUUAGGGCUCCAGAGUCUCAUUACUUUGGAAGAACAAAACCAGCUCUUGUUAAUUGUUUCAGCUCUUAUAACAAUGAAGGCGACGAGGAUCAAGAACCCCCUCAAGAAGCUGUGCUUAAAGCUAUUUCUGAGGUGUCAAAGACACAAGCGAGGGUUGGACAAACCACAAAUGUUGUUAUUGGCGGUACGGUAGCAGAUGAUUCCACUGAUGAAUGGCUUGCUUUGGAUAAGAAGGUAAACUCGUAUCCAACAGUUAGAGGAUUUACUGCAAUUGGUACAGGAGGUGAUGAUUUUGUGCGAGCUAUGGUUAUUGCUGUUGAAUCUGCAAUUCAACAACCAAUCCCUGAGGGUCAAGUGAGGCAGAAAGUAUCUUCGAGGGGCAAAUAUGUGUCAGUCAACAUUGGUCCUGUUCAAGUUGUAUCUAGCGAGCAGGUUCAAGCUGUAUACAACGCCAUGAGAAGAGAUGAUCGCAUGAAGUACUUUUUGUAGUAUGAAACUCUUAUUUUUUGUAGAAUGCUGAUAUGUGAGGCCAAACGUUUGACUCUCUUUAGAUUUCCAGUCUUCAUCUCCCAGUUAUGUUCACUCAAAAAUGCAGCUGUUAUUAGUUAAGAAAUCAUGAUUCAAUAUGAUCUCCUCAUUAUUUCUCUGA